AUGACGGGCUUCCGAUUGGGUUGUGGCGGCAAGAAAGACAAGCUUUCGCCGCCGGGGACAAAGCCGACUGCCCUUGUCGAUGAGGUGUCGGCACCCCGUGGCUUCGGCAUACGCAGGCCAAAAAAAGGGCUGUGCUAUCUGCACAAUUUCUAUUUAUCUCCAACUGUAGAAGAAAUGGAACAAGGUGGAGCGUGGUACCUUCUUCCUCCACCACCUGCUCAACGACGUGGACUGUUCAUCUGCCGUCUUUGCACCGUGCUAGGACUACUUCUUUUGAUCGGCGGGCUGGUUAUGUCAUCUGUACACAUGGCCUCGAGGCAUUCGAACAAAGCAUUUACAAGAUUGUUAUCUACG